CUCAGGCUCUUAUUGAUCGAACGAACCUCGUGGACCUAAGCAACGAGUCUACGUGUGGCAACGGCUCCGCUAGCUAGUAUGGCGGAGUUUGAAGAUUUUCGGAACGUUUUCGAGAAUUUGCCUUGUGGUAAAUCUGCAACUAAUAUCCAGCCGUCCGCCGGCCCAGUUGCAGCCACCAUUCGCCCAGAGCGAAGGAGCUGUUGCGAAGCGGAACCCUCGAGAGCCCCGAGGAACCCCGGCGACCCACAGCCCACCAUGCCCCUCGGCGGCUCCCCGCAGGCCGUGAUGGCCGCCGCCCCCUGGAGGUCCCCUGAGGCGCCCAGGGGGGUCGUCGUCGUCGGGGAACACGAGGUGAAAAUGCCGCCAGUGGGAUUCCUGAGCAGGGAUGAAUGCAGCAGCCCCUCCGCCAUCAGCGCCGCCGCCAGGAUCGAGGCGCAAGUAGACCGGAUCGACAACCUGAAAGCCGACCUCGACAUAAGCACCCUCAGCCCCGACUCGCAGCUCGUGGUCGGCCUCAUCACCAAGACGCUCCGCAACGAAAUCAACGACCUCAAACUCGUCCUCCAGAGAAGAGAUGAGACAAUCCGGAGUGAAAUUAGAAACCUGAAGGAGAGACUCACUUCUCUGGAGACAAAAAUUGACGACUGCAACGAGAAACUGAAACACGAGAAUACAUAUAGUUCGCUCUGGUGCUGUUUCGGAUGACGAAACUGUUUUUCCUCCUAUCAUAAAGUAGAGGAAGGGCGUUAACUGUUCCUCAUGAAAAAGUGCUGUGCUAGUCAUUAGAAACAUUAAGCCUGUAAUGAAUAGGAAUGUAUAAGUUAUAGAAAAAUAAUCCCAUGUGCAUUGUGAUAAUGGGAGCUAUGGUGUUUGUACGCAAUAUUGUGGCCACAGCUUUUGUAAAGAAUUGUAGAUUUCAUAGAAAUGUUUAUAAAAGAUGUGUUAGUGCAAGAGCU